UCCAUUAUUUCUUUUUUUCACAAAGAGUUUUGAGCUUUUACAGAGACAGGAAAUAUCAGAUUCUUGCAUUUGUACCAUGUUGUUGUUUCUGCUUCAUGUGGCUCUGCUCCUUCAUUUUAGAAUCAAAGAUGCUGCAUGUGGAAAAACUACCGAAACCCCUGAAGUUAUUAAAGCUACGUUAGGAGAGCAGCUUACUUUAGACUGCACCUACAACUGCUCCUCUGGUUUCAUUCGUGGUAGCUGGAAAUGGGAAGACACGCCAACAUGUGCCACCUGUUUGUGGCAUACAAUAGAAAAAAACAUGAGUGAAGACAUCUGCAUUGUGAGCUUGCGAACUCUUAAUCUGACCCUGGAACAGACCCUGUAUAACUACUCGUGUUUUUCUGUGAAGAGCGAUCAUCAAGAUCUCCCUCAGAACCUUGAGCGGCUCAUAUCACUUCAAAUUCCAGAUAAGACUGCAUUACCAGUUGUUCCUCCUAAAGUCACUCAAGAUGUAGCCAUGAAAGUGGCGAUUUACCAAAAUGAGAAUGAGUUAAACCUAUUAGACAGAGGCCAAUCAUCACACUCCAUCCAAUUGGGUGUGGGAGACAAACUAAAACUGGAAUGUCUUUCUACCAACCAACAUUGUAAAGGCCAAUGGAUGAGGGAUGAUGCAAAUGUCACAGAAAUGAUCAGUGGCACACUGGUAGAAUGGAGUAAGAUUACAGAAGAAGAUGAAGGAAUAUACACAUGCCACACUAACCAGCAUUGUACCAGCCAGAAAAUUACUAUUGUGAUUGAUGUCAUUAAAAAUGAUGAAAUUGUAUGGAUCAGGCCAUUAGCAGCAAUUGCACUGUCUGUAGCAGCCGCACUACUGUUUCUGCUGAUAUAUAUAUGCUACAGAAAGAGGGGAAAGAAUUUGAUGGAUGCUGAGGAUUCAUCAGCUGUAAUCUAUGAAAACACAAGAGCAAAAAAUGAUGGAACGAUCCACAAACCCAUAGUACAAGACUGCCAGAGUGAUCAUGAAGUCCCUUACGCCGACAUCGUGAUCUCUGUGCGAAACUCCAGCAUUCCAGAGCUCACAGGACUCCAUGGCCAAUCUCCACUCGAUAACAGACUUAGAUGGAGGGAAGAGGCCACAGGUGCAUCUCAUCUACAAGCUUGUCGCUCCGCUGACAGACUACAUGUUCACCCCAGAGAGGUCAGCAGGAAAUUAAGCACGACCUCUGAAUAUGCCGUCAUCACAUACUCCACAGAUGCACUUAAUUAGUCUAUUUAAAUAUAUAAGUAAUUAAAAUAAUGUAAAUGUUAUGGCAACCAUGAGAAGUGUGUGACAGGUUUUUGU